AGGAAGACUGUUAAGCAAAACAGACCUGGCUGGCCUGAAAGGGUCAAACAGGGAACACGCGGCCCCUCCUGAAAGGGAAGGACUGCCACGUGAAACAUGCAGCCCCUCCUGAAAGGGAAGGACUGCCAUGUGAAACUGGCAAGCAUAAGCUACAGCUUCUUCGUUCCAUGACCAAGAGCAGAACGUGUUCUGUGGAGAGAACACCUUUUGAUCACUGUACUGACCAUAAUCCACAAAGAGCUAAUUAAGUAAUGAUGUAUUGCUGUCAGCUGCAUGAAUGUUAUCUGAUUUAAAGCCUAAGCCCGUCUGUCCCAGGCGUCUUGAGCUGGUCUCCGUCAUCUGGUGCCGAAACCCGGGAUACUCGGACUCCAAUGACAAAGGCGUCGCUUCCUCCCACGAGCCGCGGUUGGUAAGUUGAAAUAGGGAGGUAAGGACUAGGGAAUUGGACAGAUUAUUAAAUAAAAUGGGACAAGCUGCAAGUACUGAACGAGGCAUUUUUUCUGCAAUGCUGAAAUCAUUAUUAGUUGCCCGAGGAGUAAAAGUGACUCGGGGUCAGAUUAGUCGUUUUUUAGAUUUUAUAGAGGAAGUAUGCCCCUGGUUUCCCAGGGAUGGAACUAUUAAUAUUGAAACUUGGAACAAAGUAGGUGAAAGACUCCAGGGCUAUUAUGCUGUGCAUGGUCCUGAGAAGAUACCUAUUGAUACCUUUACACUUUGGACUCUAAUAAAAGAAUGUCUCAGAGGAGACACAGGAGAUGAGAAGUGGCAGCGGACCACUCGCUCAACAGAAAAGUUAUAUCCUGCCUUGCCGCGAUCAAAAUCUCUUGAUCAUAUCCCUUCGUCUAUGCCAUCGGCACCCCCACCCUCCCCUCCCCAAUAUGAGCAACCUUUGAUUUGUAAAUUAGCAAACGACUUGCCGCCUUGUAAACCUCCUGGCACUAACAUGACAAAGGAUAUUUUACCCCCUGAUGACUGGGGAGAAUUAGAAAAAGAGGCUGCUGAAUAUCACCAUAAGGACUUAGCGGCUGUAUUCCCAGCGUUACAGGUUGCUAAUGCUGCUGUGCAGACACAACAGAUAGUCGAUCAGGCUCGAUCACAUCCCCUUGCUGUUUUGCCUGCCUUUCGAGCAGGGCGAAUGCCUCCCCCGCCUGGAGUAGAUGCUUUGCUUAUGCAACAAUCUCCUAUGCAAUUGGCUUUGAAAGAAGCUAGGAAAGCUGAGGAAACAAUUGAUGAAUUUUCUGGGCAACUUUUUCCGUCUCAAGUUUUCCCUGUCAUACAGCAUCAACUUGCAAACGGUGGCAUUCUGAAUGAUUAUGAGCCUAUUCCUUUUAAACAACUGAAAGAGCUUAAAGCUGCUAAUAUUCUUCCCCCUUCUGACUGGAAAAGCUUGGCAAAGGCUGUGUUAAGUGAAGGUGAAUAUUUGCUUUGGACUUCCAAAUAUGCGGAACGGUUCUUCUUGUGCCCCUUUAUUACCAGUUCCUCAUUUUGGAGUGAACCCCUGAGGAUUAAUGCCUAAUGAUUUAUGGCAGAUAGAUAUCACACAUGUAC